AAUUUGUGUGGACUAGCAGACGACGUGUUUGUACACAAGAAAUAAGGUACAUUAUGAAAUUUAAGGAAGUUGUUAAAGCUUUCAAUUAAUACUAAAAUAAGGCAUGAUUAUGAUUUUAACAUAGCCUUAUUUAAUAUUGUUCCGAGCUAUCUUAUUUUGUGCAUAAAUGCCAAAAUACUAGAUAAUAUCACUAUGGAGUUAAAUAAUGUUGGAAGCAACAAAAGCUCAAUAUAUAUGGCAAUAUCAUUUAAAAAAUUAUGUUUGGCAACAGUGUCCUUACCUCUUGUUACUCUUUUAGUCUGUUUCGUUACAGCAUAUAUCUUCCAACAAGAUGACAUUCACGAAACACAUUGUAGGGUUUACAAUGUACUUCCAUCAAUCUCAGCCAUUACUGGCAUAUCUCCUCAAAGAUAUUUGUGGCGUAUAUGUAUAGCAUUACAUAUUGGUCCUCGUCUAAUUAUAGCCAAUGUUUAUCGUUCAUAUUAUCAUAAUAUACUGAAAGCAGUCGAGGAUGUACCUUUGAGAAUUAUGGGAUGUAGACUUUUAAAUUUAUGUUAUUGGUUGAAUAUCGCAGAAGUAGCAGCCUUAUGUGGCGUUACAUAUAUCUCCAACAGGGAAAAUUAUUCGGUGCAUGAAAAAAUUUUCAUUGCCUUCAUGAUUAGCUCUCUUACAUAUAUGCUAACAGCAGUAAGGCUUGGUCGCCUUGUGACGCCAAAUGCACAAAGUCUUCAAUACAAACAGGCACUUUUUGUAACAAGUCUUAUUAGUACUAUUGGACUUAUAAUUUUCUUCCUAAAACACAGAUUACUGUGCCACGAUCUAGCAUUUAGUUGGUUUUCCUUAUGCGAGUAUGUGAUUGCCUCUGCAAACAUGGGUUUUCAUGUUACUGUAGUUCUAGACUUUCCCAAAGAGCAUCUGGUUGUUGGGAAUGGUAUAUCUGCCUUAAAGGUGGAAUAACUCGUCGUAUUUUAUAUUCAUUAUCUUAUUAUUGUAAUCAAAGUGCCUACUGCCACUGUCUGGAAGUGCUAUUGCCAAAAAAUAAAACGAAAUUAUAUAUUAUAUAAAGCUGGGUAUCCGCUGGCAUAUACUGGAGAGCAUUUUUUUACUAAACAUGUCUGUACUAAACGAAGCUAAGAGGGUUUAUAAAUAGUUGUUGCCAUACAUUUUAUGAAUUCCGUGAUUUUGGCGAUACUUUUAAUGUCAUAACGUAAUAUGAAACGUAAAAUAAAUCUGCAACCGUCAUAUUUGAAUAUCGUUUUUCUCGAGAAAGAAAAAAGAGAGAGAGAAAUAUCACACAACUAAUUCAUGAUGUGAUGUCAGAGCUAAUAAGUGAUUAUAAACUCCCAAAAGUUUCGUUGUACGUUUGGUAAUUUAGAUUUUAUUUCAUAAAACUUGGUUUAUUGUAAACAAUUCUUGAAAUUUUA